CAUCAUCAUCAUCAUUUAUUAAUUUUUUAUUUCAAUUUUUUUUUUUGGUUGUUAAAAAAAAAUAAAAAAUUUACAACAACGCAAACGAAUCAUUGUCUGCUAUUUAACUUAAAGAAUUUGGCUGAUUAAUCAAACGAUUGUACAUUGUUUUCAACAAUUUUGUUUGUGUGAUUCUUAAAUUUCGGAUUUUGAACCCUUCCAUUUUAGCUGGAUUGCUGAUUUUAUUGGCUUUACAAUCGAAAGCGAUAACCGGAUUGACAAUUUAAAAUAAAGCAAAACAAAACAGAGAAAAAAAUCAUCGUUAUAACAAAUAAUGGCAUCAAGUAAUUCAACGUCGUCAUUCACAGCUGUCAAUGAUACUGAUUUUUCUCAAUUAGAUCUAAAUGGUAAAAUUAUCAUAAAAGCUCAAUAUGUAGAUGAUAUCCGCCGUAUACCGAUUAUUGGUGAUGAGAUUACCUAUGAUGAAUUAAUCCUGAUGAUGCAACGUUUAUUCAAGCUUCAACCGACCGAUGAAAUUCAUCUCAAAUAUCGUGAUGAUGACAAUGAUCUUAUCUCGAUUAUUGAUGAUAAUGAUCUUUCAUUUGCCAUUCAAUACAGCCGUAUAUUAAAAUUGAAAGUGUUUGUCAAUGAAAAGAUUGCACCGGGUACUGGUCGUACAUCGAUGAAUAAUUACAAAGAUAUUUGUCAUGAAUUGAUUGAAAUCCGUAAUCGAUGUAAUCAGUUGUUGGAAAAGAUGCAUUUGGAUGGCGAUAAAAAAUCUUCGAAUGCCAAUAAUUCGAAUGAUUCAGCUAUAUUGGACACUAAUGAAGUUCAUACACAAACCGAUCGUAAUGAAAAACCACAACUGGAACAACCGAAAAUCUAUGGUCAACCUCCAAAAGAAUUGGAUCCCUUGAACAAUUCGAAUGUCUCUGGUGUUCCUAAAUCGGAACCGACUUCUCAACAGCAGCAUCAACAACAACCACAACCACAACAGCAUCAACAACAAUCGUCGACUGAAAAUAAAAACGUUACAAGCAAUGAAAAAUCAGAUAAUUCUAACAAGCAAGGAUUCUCACCAAUUGCCCAGCAACCUGUUUUGCAACAAGCUUAUCCGGCACCUCCAGUUCGUCCGCCUGUCACGAAUCAAUAUCAGCAACAGCAGCCGCCUCUUCAAAAUCCACCACCAUCAUCGUCUGAAUUUUCCACCACUAAUAAUCCUCAACCUUAUUUUCAAGUUCCACCUCCUCCAACUUCAUCGACUGGAUCAUAUAAUCCCGAUCCAAACGCUCCUUCCUAUCAUCGACAUCCGAUGAUACCAAUGCCUGGUUCGAUUCCUCCUCCUUCCACGUCAUACGCUGGGCCAGCGACUAUGUCUGGACCGCCACCAUCGUUUACCCCAUCAGGUCCUUCUCAACCUGCUAGUGGACCUUCACCAUCUUUUAUGAGUUUCGGUGGACCAACACCACCUACAUCGCAACCACAUCAUAUGAUGCGACCAGGACAAAGUAUGACACCUGGUCAUCAUGGACCACCACCAGGUGUUCCAUUUAAUCCGCCACCACCUCCAAUGUCGAAUGAUGCUUCUAACAAAAUGCCACCAUCAUCGACACCAAUGGGUAUGCAUGGUGGUCCUCCACCAAUGCCACAAUUGCAAUCACCUCCAGGAACUCAACCACCACCGCCACAGAUGGGUGUUGAUCCAUCCAAACAGAUGCAACCACCACCGAUGGGUCCACCACCAUCGAAUCCAGCAAUGGGUGGUAUGGUACCACCACCUCCAAUGAUGGCGCAAUUUAAUCCACGUAGUCCAGGUGGUUUUAGUUACGGUGCGCAUCUUCGUACACGUUAUCCAACUUCAGGUUAAACGAUAAGGAAAAAUUACAAGAAAAAAAAACAUUUCAUUUUAUUAUA